AUGGGUUAUGCUCUUGAACAAAGAUUGUCGGCUGAAAUCGACCUCUACGAGAUCCUCGAAAUCUCGCGCUCAGCCUCAAAAACAGACAUCAAAAAAGCCUACCACAAAGCCGCGCGCAUACACCAUCCGGACAAGGUCCCAGAAGACCAACGCGCAGCAGCAGACGACCGCUUCAAAGACAUUCAACAAGCCUAUGAAAUCCUCUCCGAUGACAGCACACGCGAAAUGUACGAUAUGCACGGAAUGGCUGCUUUCGAAAAGGGAAACCCUGGAGCUGGCGGUGCUGGUCCCGAUCUAGACGAUAUUCUGGCACAGAUGUUUGGGCAAGGCAUGGGUGGAAUGGGUGGAGGUUUUGAGGGUAUGGGGGGAAUGCCGGGUAUGGGAGGAAUGGAUGGCAGAGGUGGACCCAGAAAGAGCAAGAAUGAAGUUCAAGAGUAUGAAGUCACGUUGGAGGAACUGUACAAAGGCAAAACCACUCGUUUCGCCAGCACCAAAAACGUCAUUUGUACAAAUUGCGAGGGUAGUGGUGGUAAGGCGAAUGCAAAGCCAAAGAAAUGUGGUACUUGCGAUGGCAGAGGCUCAAAAGUCGCUCUCCGCCCCGUCGGUCCCGGUCUCGUAACCCAAGAAACCGUUCCCUGCAGCACCUGCUCUGGCCGCGGCUCCUACUUCCCCGACGACAAAAAAUGCAAAAAAUGCAAAGGCGCACGCACAACCUCGCAACGCAAAAUCCUCGAACUCUACAUCCCACCAGGUUCGCGCCAAGGCGAUAAGAUUGUGCUUUCAGGAGAGGCAGAUCAAGUCCCCGAUCAAGAACCCGGCGAUAUCAUUUUUGAACUUGUGGAGGCACCGCAUGACACUUUUGCGAGGGCGGGUGCGGAUUUGCAGGCAGUGUUGAAGAUUAGUCUGCAAGAGGCGUUGACGGGCUUUGAGAGAGUGGUGUUGAAGCAUUUGGAUGGCAGAGGCAUUUCCAUGCAUGUCUCUCAACCGGCAGGACGUAUUCUUCGCCCCGGCGAGAUUUUGAAGAUUGCUGGGGAGGGCAUGCCCAUCAAGCGUUCAGAUGCAAAGGGAGACUUGUACCUGAUCGUCGAUGUCGUGUUCCCCGAAGACGGCUGGCUCAAGGAUGAAGCCGCGAUUCAAAAGAUUAGGGAUGUGUUGCCAAAGACUGGUUCUGAAAAUAUCAAGGCCGAAGAGGUGGACGAGGUAGACUUUGAGGUUGUCAAGGAUAUGGACGACUUUGGCGCUGGUUCGGGAGACCCGAGGGCUGCCGAGUGGGAAGACGAUUCCGAGGAAGAGGGCGAGGCUGCUCAGUGCGCGCAGCAAUAG